AUAUAUAUGUUUAGGGUUGAAAUUUGUAUAUAAUCAAUAAAUAAUGGCAUGUAACUAUUGUAUUCUAUUUAUUUACUUCUCUUCCUUCUGCUUCUAUGUAUUUACACUUGAAAAUGACGAUCCACGUAGUCCUAUUAUCAGACAAAGACCGGCUUCAACAAAUAUAUCUGCAGGUGAAACCUUUCAGUUAAAUUGCUAUAGCUAUGGUGCACCAUCUCCAACAAUUUUAUGGUAUAAAGAUGAUAAGCCCUUAAAUACUCAUGUUGUUACAGAAACUGGUGCACUAGUGGUUAAGAAUGCACAAAAAAGUGAUGAAGGUUUAUAUAAAUGUAUUGCAGAAAAUCCAUACGGCAAAAUUGAAAGUCCUCCAGCUACUGUGAAAUUUAUAUAUAUUGACACAGUAUUUUACCAGAGUCCAGUAAGUGCAAACACAACUCGCUUACAGGAUCACACAUUUAGAUGUAUAGCACCAGAUGGCUUUCCCAUCCCAAUUGUGACUUGGCUGCAUAACGGGAAACCAUUAGCAACAGACAAUUGGAGCUUGCAAAAUGAUCGUUAUGUUUCACUUUUAAAAUUGACAUAUUUAUCAUGGAAAAAUCGUGGAGACUAUCAAUGUAAUGCAAGUAAUAUUGCAGGAUAUACUUUGAGCAAUGUGGCAGUACUCAAAGUCAAAGUACCAGCACCUGUUAUUAUUUCAAAACAAAAUUUAACUGAAGUUUAUGAAGGAGCUGUUGCAAUUUUAUAUUGUGAAGUGCAAUUCUUUAAUUUAUAUCCUGAUCGCAUAUGGACUAAAAUAGAUAGCAUUCUACCAGAAAAAGAGAGAUUAAAUUAUCCAAAAGAUGGCUACCUAGAAAUUAAAAAUACUAAGUUAGGUGAUAGUGGUAUUUAUGAGUGCACUGUAUCUAAUGAUGCUGGAACAGAUAAAUUCAAUAAUCAACUCAGAGUGUUCAAACACCCUGAAAUUAAAGUUCCUCCAUCAGAAACAAGUGUAGGGGUUGGAUAUAAGGCAACAUUAGACUGCAAAGUUACUGGUGGAAAAAAUCCAGUUAUUACAUGGUAUCAUCUUGGAAAAGCUUAUAGCAACACAGGAUUUACAAAUGACAGAAUAUAUGUUGAUAGUGAAUCUCGUUUUGUUGUUUCACAAGCAAAGAUUUCAGAUAAAGGAGAAGUUUAUUGUUAUGCCAAUGAUGAAGAAAUGAAAUGGUCACAAAAAUCAGAGCCAGUUUUAUUGUUGGUUAUUGAUGUUCUUGAAGCUCCUCCAAUUGUGAAUGUCUCUCCUGCGGUUGUUUCUGAUGUGCAUGAAGGUGGUUCUUUUUCUUUGUAUUGCACAACAGGAGAAGGUAAUAUACAACUAGCAUGGUAUUUAGCAAGCAAACCAAUCACAGUUAGUCCAACAGUUUUAUUAGAAGAAAUAAAAAAUGGAAAAAUGCUAACUGUUAAGGAUGUUACUCUGCAGGAUUCCGGAAUAUAUAGGUGCAUUGCAGAUGGCAAAGGAGGUUCUUCACAGGCUCAAGCACAUGUUACUAUUUUAGAAUCUGACAACAAACGUCCUGCUGAAGUAUUGAAUGUCAAAGUUAGCGAUAUUCAAGCUACUUCUGCUAAAAUCUUUUGGGAAAGUAGUUUUCCAAAUUCACUUGCUCCAGUAACUGCCUAUAUUAUUACAUUAAAGAAAGUAUCAACCAAUGAAACAAGUAAAACUAUUCAUUUUGAUAUGAAUUCCUUAGAGAGAGUCAUUGACAAUCUCUCACCUGAUACUUUAUAUGAAUUUUCUGUUGCUGCAAAGAAUAAAAAUGGAGAAGGAAUAGCUGGAUUAUCACCUCAAAUCAAGACAUUGCAAAUUGUGACAGCUCCUAUGAUUGAUAAGCUUGAAAAUGUUGUCCUAAAUGUGCAAGUUGAUAAAAUAACACCCCAAAGUGCAGAAGUAAAAUGGGAUUAUGUAAACCCAAGUCGAAUUACGAGCUAUAUUCUUUAUUAUCGGCGAGUGGUAGAUAAGCAGUUUAAAACCAUCAUACUAAACAUCAAUACAAGUGAUACUCAUAAAUUAGAAUCCCUUUCUUCUGAUACUCAGUAUGAGUUGCAGGUUAAGGCUGCAAAUGAAAAGUAUGAAAGUCAACCCAGUCCCUUGGUGAGCUUUCAUACUACCCAAGUUAUUCUUCCAAAAUUACUUACUGUAACGUUAAUGAAGUUUUCUGAAACUGAAAUCAUAGUAAGAUGGGUGCCUCCAGCUAGUUUUGAAGAUCAAAUUAAAUAUUACAAAGUAAUUUGUCUUAAUGCAAGUGGUGUUCCAGCUUUUCCCAGUAUUGAAGUUGAUUCAAAGGCUACAAUAUAUUCUUUGUCUAAAAUGGAUCCUAAUCAGCAUUACCAAGUCAGUGUAGAAGCGUGGUUAAAUUCUGGUUAUGUUGUUAGUAGUAAAAUUCAGAUAGCUCUACUUCGUCUCUAUAAACAAGGUGAUUAUAUUACCUCCUCGCUGAUUCUUCCAGAAGAUAAAAGUUCCGAACAAAGUUCUUUUUUAAAACUGGUUAAAGAAACAUGGUUUAUUGUUGCUGUUGGAGUUUUUUUGGCAUUAAUCAUUUUUAUUAUUAUUAUUAUAAUCGUAUGUUGCAGAAAGAAAAAAAACAGCUAUAAAUAUGGUUCGAAACGAUUUGAAAGUUCAAGAGGUUUGCUGCAGAACAGUCGUACGCCAGACUUUCCAAGUGCAAGUCUUAGUCGAGGAGGUCCGUUGCGUGAUCCAAAUUUUUCCUGGAGUGAAAGCAGAAAUGGUGAUGUAUUCGCAAAUACUAGCAAAGGAACGUCUGGGAUAACAGGAUGCUGCAAAUCUAAAUCAGAUAGUUUUGAAGAAGACUUUCCAAAUCGUGUACUUAUUAAACCUGCAAAACAACGAGUUCCUUCUGAAAGUUUUGAAUUGAGAGGACCCAAGUCUAGUAAUCAAGAUGUCGCGUCAGUUAAAGAGAGUAACAUUGGGGUGGCUCUAAGAAACGGAUAUAUGGUAGAUGCUCCUUUGAAUAAUGAACGUCAAUUAACGAGAGAUGAUUUAAACGAUCGUUUUAAAAGUGAUUCAAAUCAGAUUUCUCGUUACAAAGCACCUAAAUCGCCAGAUAAUCCAGUUGUUUCACUGAACUCUGAAAAUAUACCAAAAAAGGAUUCUCGUGCUCAAACUAAUUCUUUUGAACGUCGUCAUGCUGAGAUUGUGCGCACAGCAAACAAAUCAUUUCCAGACACGCAACUUGUAAAUGUCUUGGAAACUAACCCUCAAGCAACAUGGAAACGAGAAAAAGAUUCUGAUAUCAAAACAAGUGCUAAAUCUCCAGGAGAAAAUACUUUACGACGAAUGGGCAAAGCUCCUUUUAAACCUUUACCCAAACUAGAAGUUUUGAAUUGGGCAGAUGGAUUACCUGACCCUGCAAAGAAUGACGGAAGCCAGCAAUCAUCUCCUAAGCAGUCUUCAACGGCAUCUAUGUUUGGUGAUAACACAGAUUUGCGCCCAGAAUCUCGAACAUCUCAUGGUGGUUCUAAUGGGUCUUUAAAUAAAUAUCCUUUUGAAAAACGACGUCGUCGCACAUCAAAUGCUUCAUCCAUGAUGUCUUCAGAAUUGUAUCAAUCAGAAAUGGAUCCUUCUGCUUAUAGUGAUGUAGCUUCAGAACGUAAAUCAAAGAAAAAAAUUGCUCCUCCUCCAAUCGAUCUUGAUGGAUUAACAAGUGAUAUACUUUUACAAUGGGCUGAUAGUGUGACUAAUUCAAGUCCUAGCAGUAGUGGCUCUUCCUCGCCUAGUCGGUUAAGUGGUAUCAGCAGUGAAGGAUCGUUCUACACAGAUGCUGAUUUUGCAAACGCUGUUGCUGCUGUUGCUGAAUGCAAUGGUUUUAGUAUGGACUACGAUUAUUCGUUGCCUGGCAUGCCUAGUUCCCAGCCCCCACUUUCUUCUACAAGAAAUACUAAAAUGGAUAAAAUUGAUCAAGUCUUAGCUCAACGAUCUAAGUUAAGAAAUAGUAAGCGCCCGGAGUUUGUCCCACAGAUUUCUAUGAGUAACUAUCUUACUGGGUCAUCAAAAGGUCCAAAUAGUGGGCAAAUAUCGUCAGGAAUUCCUCUUUCAACACGCGGUCGUAAAAAUCUUCGGUACGGUACAGGUUUUCAAGACGUUGAUACUGCAUCAAAUUCCUCAACUCCUUUAACUGUUAGCAAUUUAAUGCACCAUGACUCGAGUUUGGAACGUUCAAAAAAACCAUUAAUUGUUUCAAAUCAGGAAUCAAGUCUAGAAAGAACUAACCGUCGUCGACAAGAGCAUGCGGCUUCUCUUGAGAAAAGCAUUUAUAAACCUCGAAACAAACAAUCAGCUCCUGAUCCUCCCUUAUCUUUAACUUCUGCUUUAGAGCGAAACGAAUCGAUUAAUUCAAAUUCAAAGGACUCUAUUAGUUCAUCAAAUAAGCACGACAGUGAGGUAGAAAAUAAACCAGGGACUGCUGAAAGAUUAAAAUCUAAAAGGUACAUUAACGGUCAUAGUUCAAGCAAUCAAAGUACUCCUAGCACAAUAAGAUCAACCGAAAAUGAAUUACAAAAUGAUUACUAAUAAAAAAAAAUUUAAGGUUUGUUUAAUAAACCUUUCAAAUAAGAGUUUAAUAACGUUAAAAGUGAGCGACUGUUAAAGCUGCAGGUAGUGCUAAAAAUUAAUGUCUAUUGCUCAGCUAGCCGUACAGUUGCGUUAGCUUCUUUCGACUAUCGAGAGAUUCAGUUUGCUUUUAAGCUUUCAAAAUCACUUUCAAAGAAGUUGUGAGUAAAAACUAAGUUUACAUUUUUAAUUUAAGCAAGUAUGAUGUCAGGUUUAAUUUGAAGACCGAAUCAUUAAGAAGAAUCAGAAUCGUUAAGAAGAGUUAAUAUAUAACUGACUAUUACUGCUACGGCGUUGCAAAGAAAAAAAUAUAUAUAUAGAUAAAUAAUUGAUUUUUAUACAUCCAUAUUUUUUUAAAGUUAAUAUUUUGUUACAUAGCCAUAACUUUCACGGCCUUAAAAUGUAUAUUUUUUUUUUUAAAAAAAAACAUGCUUUAAA